AAUACUUCACUGUCUUGUUGUUUUCAACUUCAGAAUAAUAAACUUAACCACACUUUUCAGUGCUUUCAACCUGGCAUUAAAUUAUCAAUAGAGCCCCAUUUCGUUAGCACUAAAAUGUUUAAAAAGUUUGACGAAAAGGAGAGUAUAUCCGGUGUUUUGCAACUGAAAUCAUCUGUUCAGAAAUCGAUCCGAGCCAAAAUUUUGGAGUCCUAUCCCUUCUUGGAUAACUAUUUAGAUGCUAUUUUGCCCAAGAAAGAUGUAUUUAAACUAGUCAAGUGCCAUGAUCAUAUUGAAAUCAUCGUGAAUUCUGCUGGGGAGCAGCAGUUUUUUAGGCACAGAGAAGGACAAUGGAUGCCCACCUUGAGACUACUUCACAAAUAUCCAUUUUUCCUUCCCAUGCAGCAAGUAGACAAAGGCGCUAUUCGCUUUGUGCUUAGCGGAGCUAAUAUAAUGUGUCCUGGACUCACAUCACCCGGGGCUCAAAUGACCGAAGUUCCAAAAGAUGCUAUAGUCGCUAUAAUGGCAGAAGGCAAAGAGCAUGCUCUGGCAAUUGGUCGAACGACUUUAUCUACUGAAGAUAUAGCGAAGGUUAACAAAGGAAUAGGAGUGGAAAAUUGUCAUUAUCUGAACGAUGGGCUCUGGCAAAUGAAAUUAGUUAAAUAAAUUGCUCUCGCUUGCAAAUCAAUAAACUGUAAUUUGUUUAGCAA